ACCGGAACAUAUGGUUAAAUGGGUAGGAAUCGCGACACGUGGCUAGGUGUCUUAAAUCGACAGCAACAAAAGGUACAAGGGAGGCGAGUACGUCGGCGGUUCGGCGGUGUUACUGUCACCGGAGAGGGAAUUUCUUUUUUUGGUGCUACCCGGCCCCGUCACAGCCACUUAAUAAAAUAGUUGUGAGGUGAGAGAAGCAUUGAAAGCUGCGGAGAUGGCGGCGGCUGUGUCGGCCUAUACAGUGGCGGCGCCGGCGCCGGCGAGGAAGAAUGUAACCGCAGCAAGCAGAGGAGGCGGCGGGAUCGGAGGCUGGGGCGUGGAACUAGGAGGUGGCGGAGCUGUGGUAGUGGUAAAGAGGGGAAAUCGGAAGACAAAGCCUCUAACUAGUCUGCCGGUGUUCUCUCUGGCCUCAGCUUCUUCGAAGCCGCCGGCUCCAGCUGCUACAUUGUCCUCCCAAUCCACUGAACCGGCAGCUGCUCCUCCGGCCACUCUCUCAAUGGUUAAGCGCCGCACAAUUUCAGUAUUUGUUGGGGAUGAAAGUGGGAUAAUAAAUAGAAUUGCAGGGGUUUUUGCCAGAAGGGGUUACAACAUUGAGUCUCUUGCUGUUGGUUUGAACAAAGACAAGGCACUCUUUACUAUGGUUGUGUCUGGAACUGAAAAGGUUUUGCAACAAGUCGUAGAACAGCUCAACAAGCUUGUCAAUGUCUUGAAGGUUGAAGACCUUUCAAUAGAACCACUAGUAGAGCGUGAGCUACUGCUCAUAAAGGUCAACGCUGAUCCAAGAACAAAAGCAGAGAUCAUGUGGUUAGUCGACAUUUUUAGAGGAAAAGUUGUGGAUAGUUCAGAGCAUUCAUUGACUGUUGAGGUGACGGGGGACCCCGGGAAGAUGGCUGCUGUUCUGAAAAAUCUAAGAAAGUUUGGAAUUAAGGAACUUGCAAGGACUGGAAAGAUUGCUUUGAAGCGCGAAAAAAUGGGAGAGACUGCUCCUUUUUGGAGGUUUUCUGCCACUUCUUAUCCAGAUCUUAAAGAGACAAUUCCUUCUGAUGCUCUUUUAGGAAAUCUUACCAGGCCUCUUAAUGGCAACUGCAGUACUUCCUCUAGUUCAAGUGGCCUUCAGUCACACACUUUAUCCAUGCUUAUCAAUAAUUCUCCUGGAGUUCUCAACAUGAUUACUGGGGUUAUAUCUCGGAGAGGUUAUAACAUUCAGAGCUUAGCUGUAGGUCCUGCUGAAGAGGAGGGGCUUUCACGUAUUAUGACUGUUGUCCCUGGAACAGAUGAAUCUAUUUCAAAGUUGGUCCAGCAGUUUUACAAAUUAGUGGAUGUUCAUGAGGUUCGGGAUAUCACCCACUUGCCAUUUGCAGAGCGUGAGUUGGUGUUAAUUAAGGUUGCUGCAAAUGCUGCUGCUAGGAGGGAUGUUCUUGAUAUUGCCAGUAUUUUCAGGGGAAAAGCUGUUGAUGUGUCUGACCAUACAAUAACUUUAGAGCUCACAGGGGAUUUCAACAAGGUGCUUGCUUUGCAGAAAUUAUUGGAGCCCUAUGGCAUUUGUGAGGUGGCAAGAACUGGUAGAGUUGCACUGGUGCGAGAGUCUGGUGUAGAUUCUACAUACCUCAGGGGAUUCUCUCUUCCUUUAUAAUUGUUGCCUAGAAACUUGAAGGAAAUGUUCCCUUGGAUUAAUGUGCUAUCUUUAGCAUCAUGUGGCCGGACGUCUUCAUUUUCUCUUUGAUCUUCAGAUGAGUUUAGUUAGUGCUUGAUCAAAGGCAAGCCGGACUCUAUUCCGCAGGAAGCCGCUAAAAUUAUUUACUCGUUAUGUAGACAAGUUACCCAUACAAUCAGUUAGUUUACUUUUGUUUCUUUUCAGUUUUGUUUUUUAUUUUAUUUUUAUUCUUCUCUCUUUCUCCUUUCUACUGCCAAUAAGAGUUGGCUUAGGUCGAAUUUGGUUC